UUCCCUUCAGUUCUCACUGCCCCGUCUCUGCAGCUACUGCCGAAGCUGACCAUAAAACCCUUAAUACUCAUCUCCGGCUCCCUUUCGUAGCACAGGACCAGUUGCAGAUGGCGGCGGAGGUUGCGACUUCAUCAUCAACCUCCGGAUUGACGGAGAGGAGAGGAAUUCCGGCGGCGGUGUUCGUCGAUGAUGUUCAGGCUUAUCUCACCGAUUCCGGCCUUGAGGUCAACUCCGCUCUCGCCUUCUUCCAAGAAAGACUUCAGCAAUACAGAGUGGUUGAAAUGAAACUUCUGGCUCAGCAGAGAGAUCUUCAGGCAAAGAUUCCUGACAUUGAGAAGUGCUUAGAUAUUGUUGCCACUUUGCAAGCUAAGAAGGCCGCCAGUGAGGCUCUAAUUGCAGAUUUUGAAGUGUCAGAAGGCAUUUAUUCCCGGGCUCGUAUUGAAGAUACAGAUUCUGUAUGUUUGUGGUUAGGAGCAAAUGUAAUGCUGGAGUAUUCUUUUGACGAGGCUACUUCUCUUCUUCAAAAGAACUUGGAGAACGCAAAAGCUAGCUUGGAGGUUCUUGUAGCUGACCUCCAAUUUUUGAGGGACCAAGUGACAAUUACUCAGGUCAUGACUGCUCGCAUAUACAACUGGGAUGUACAUCAACGCCGACUUCGACAAGUUUCUACCCCAAAGGAGUCAUGAGGUGCUGCUGCUCAAACCGAUGGUAAACAAAAAAAAAACAAUGGCACUCGCCUUUCCUUAUUGAACAUGUGUCCCAGCUUGCUUGAUUUUCAGCAUUCCUUAGCAAAAUCUUCAUCAAUUUUUGGAUGUGUACCUCUUUUUAGGAUAAGUGUAUUAGUCCGGAUUCCUUCAUGUGUGUCCCAAGAUACUUAAUGUAUGUGUUUUCCAAUGUCUUUUAUUUAAUCAUAGAUCAUCUGUUGUCUGUUCAUCUAAUAUCAUAUUUUCUACCCUGAUUUGUUUAA